GGAAGUGCUUCCCUCUCUCAUUUCCAGGACCACAAUUCCCAGAGACUUCAGCUUCCUGGCGGUUCUCUUUUUACUCUCUCUCUUCUUGAGCUGGCCGGGCUUCGCCGACCAGCCGGCGCACAGCCACGACGUGAUCCGUCGUGACCCGGCACAGGGUUUCCUCAGCGGCCUGUUUUCCUCCUCACUCAGUUAUCCCUUUUGCAGGCUGUCGCGGCUGGCCUGAGCGGUGACCUGGCGGGCCGCGCCUGCGCUGUGCCCCGUUUCCUGCCUGGCUGGUGGCGGCGGCCAUUUUGUUCAUCCUCCUCCUCCUCCUGCUCCUCCUGGUUGGAGCGCAGUGUCCGGAGCGGGCUGGGGGGAGAGAGCCCGAGAGCGGGGUUCGGUGCGUUUUCCUCUGUCCCCAGCCGGUGCCCGUAGCCCCCCUCCCCUUCCUCCCCACCCCCUCCCCUCCCCGGCCCUGCCCUCCCCCUUGUCCCGGGAUCGCUCCGUCGCACCCACCAUGAUGGAAGACGACGGGCAGCCCCGGACUCUAUACGUAGGUAACCUCUCCAGAGAUGUGACAGAAGUUCUUAUUCUUCAGUUAUUCAGUCAGAUUGGACCCUGUAAAAGCUGUAAAAUGAUAACAGAGCAACCCGAUAGCAGAAGGGUCAACUCUUCUGUUGGAUUUUCUGUUUUGCAGCAUACAAGCAAUGACCCAUAUUGCUUUGUGGAAUUUUAUGAACACAGAGAUGCAGCUGCUGCAUUAGCUGCUAUGAAUGGGAGAAAAAUUUUGGGAAAGGAGGUCAAAGUAAACUGGGCAACAACACCAAGUAGCCAGAAAAAAGAUACUUCCAAUCAUUUCCACGUGUUUGUUGGGGAUUUGAGUCCAGAAAUUACAACAGAAGAUAUCAAAUCAGCAUUUGCCCCCUUUGGUAAAAUAUCGGAUGCCCGAGUAGUUAAAGACAUGGCAACUGGAAAAUCCAAAGGCUAUGGCUUUGUAUCUUUUUAUAAUAAACUGGAUGCAGAAAAUGCAAUUGUGCAUAUGGGAGGUCAGUGGUUGGGUGGUCGUCAAAUCAGAACCAAUUGGGCCACACGUAAACCACCUGCACCUAAAAGUACACAAGAAAAUAACACUAAGCAGUUGAGAUUUGAAGAUGUAGUAAACCAGUCAAGCCCAAAAAAUUGUACUGUGUACUGUGGAGGAAUUGCUUCUGGGUUAACAGAUCAGCUUAUGAGACAGACAUUCUCACCAUUUGGACAAAUUAUGGAAAUCAGAGUUUUUCCAGAGAAGGGCUAUUCAUUUGUCAGAUUUUCUACCCAUGAAAGUGCGGCCCAUGCCAUUGUUUCGGUGAAUGGUACUACAAUUGAAGGACAUGUUGUUAAAUGCUAUUGGGGUAAAGAAUCUCCUGAUAUGACUAAAAACUUCCAACAGGUUGACUAUAGUCAGUGGGGCCAGUGGAGCCAAGUUUAUGGAAACCCACAACAGUAUGGACAGUAUAUGGCAAAUGGGUGGCAAGUACCACCUUAUGGAGUAUAUGGGCAACCAUGGAAUCAACAAGGAUUUGGAGUAGAUCAAUCACCUUCAGCUGCUUGGAUGGGUGGAUUUGGUGCUCAGCCUCCCCAAGGACAAGCCCCUCCCCCUGUAAUACCUCCUCCCAACCAGGCUGGAUAUGGCAUGGCCAGUUACCAAACACAGUGAGCUGGGACUCUAAACAAAAUGUAAUUCAUGAUAGCUUCAAUUUCCUUGUGACACUCUGAAGACAUGAAAGUAGACAUCGGAAAAUGAAAAUAUUUAUUUUAAAAAUUGAAAUGUUUGGAACCUUUAGCACAGCUUUGCUUUGGUGAAGGACACAUGUCUUCUAGUUCUGCCUUUUUAAGUUUUUGUUCAUGAUGGAUAUGAACAUGAUUUUUCUUUGUGUACAAAAACUACAAUAAAGUCAAUUAAGACAA